AUGGUGGGUGAAGGCCCCUACCUUAUCUCAGACCUGGACCGGCGAGGCCAACGGAAGUCCUUUGUGGAGAGAUAUGACCCCAGCCUAAAGACCAUGAUCCCGGUGCGACCCUAUGCAAGGUUGGCGCCCAACCCGGUGGACAAUGCUGGGCUGCUCUCCUUUGCUACAUUUUCCUGGCUCACGCCAGUGAUGGUCAGAGGCUACAAGCACAUGCUGACAGUGGAAUCCCUGCCUCCACUGUCACCAUAUGACUCAUCCGACCCCAAUGCCAAAAGAUUUCGAAUCCUUUGGGAUGAAGAGCUAGAAAGGAGGGGAGCUGAGAAAGCCUCCCUGGGCCGAGUGGUCUGGAAAUUCCAGAGGACACGUGUUUUGAUGGAUAUUGUGGCCAACAUCCUGUGCAUUGUCAUGGCAGCCAUCGGGCCGACGGUUCUCAUCCACCAAAUCCUGCAGCAGACCGAGAGCACGUCCAGGAACGUCUGGGUUGGCAUCAGCCUGUGCAUAGCCCUUUUUGUUACCGAGUUUACCAAAGUCUUCUUCUGGGCCCUUGCCUGGGCCAUAAAUUAUCGCACUGCAAUCCAGCUGAAGGUGGCCCUCUCCACUGUGAUUUUUGAAAGCCUGGUGUCCUUCAAGACACUGACACACAUCUCUGUUGGUGAGGUGCUCAAUAUACUAUCAAGUGACAGCCAUUCCUUGUUUGAAGCUGCCUUGUUUUGUCCCUUGCCAGUCACCAUCCCCAUCCUAAUGGCCGUUUGUGCAGUGUACGCCUUUUUCAUUCUGGGGCCCACAGCUCUUAUCGGGAUAUCCGUGUAUAUCAUAUUCAUCCCAAUCCAGAUGUUUAUGGCUAAGCUCAAUUCAGCUUUCCGAAGAUCAGCAAUUUCGGUGACAGACAAGCGGGUUCAGGCAAUGAAUGAGUUUCUGACCUGCAUCAAGCUGAUUAAAAUGUAUGCCUGGGAGAAAUCUUUUAUGGACACCAUUGGAGGUAUAAGAAAGAGGGAAAGAAAGUUACUGGAGAAAGCUGGAUUUGUUCAGAGUGGGAACUCGGCAUUGGCUCCCAUUGUGUCCACCAUCGCCGUUGUGUUGACAUUCUCCUGCCACAUCCUCCUGGGACGCAAGCUCACCGCCCCUGUGGCAUUUAGUGUGAUUGCCAUGUUCAAUGUAAUGAAGUUUUCAAUUGCAAUCUUGCCUUUCUCGGUCAAGGCAGUGGCUGAAGCCAAUGUCUCUCUAAGGAGAAUGAAGAAAAUUCUCAUAAAUAAAAGCCCCCCAUCUUACAUCACCCAACCAGAAGACCCAGAUACUGUCUUGCUUUUAGCAAAUGCCACUCUGACAUGGGAGCAAGAAGCCAGCAGGAAAAGUGACCUAAACAAAACACAGAACCAGAAAAAGUAUUCUCUCAAGAAGCACAGGCCAGAGAUGUACAGUGAGCUGAGUCCCUCAGCCUGGGGAAUCACUGGCCCAGAGGAGCAACGUGGCAGCCCCAAGUCGGUUCUGCACAAUAUAAGCUUUGUGGUGAGGAAGGGGAAGGUCUUGGGAAUUUGUGGGAAUGUUGGAAGUGGAAAAAGCUCCCUGAUUGCAGCUCUCCUAGGACAGAUGCAGUUACAGGAAGGGAUCGUGGCAGUCAAUGGAUCACUGGCCUAUGUUUCUCAGCAAGCAUGGAUCUUUCAUGGAAAUGUGAGAGAAAACAUAUUAUUUGGAGAAAAGUAUGAUCAUCAAAGGUACCAGCACACUGUUCAUGUCUGUGGCCUUCAGAAGGACCUGAGAAACCUCCCUUAUGGAGACCUGACCGAGAUCGGGGAGCGGGGCCUCAACCUCUCCGGGGGACAGAGGCAGAGGAUCAGCCUGGCCCGCGCCAUCUACUCGGACCAUGAGCUCUACCUGCUGGAUGAUCCCCUGUCAGCCGUGGAUGCCCACGUGGGGAAGCACGUCUUUGAGGAGUGCAUUAAGAAGGCGCUCGGGGGGAAGACCAUCAUCCUGGUGACCCACCAGCUGCAGUUCUUGGAGUCUUGUGAUGAAGUCCUUUUGUUGGAAGAUGGAGAGAUUUGUGAAAGGGGAACCCACAUGAAGUUAAUGCAAGAGAGAGGGCGCUAUGCAAAACUGAUUCACAACCUCCGAGGGUUGCAGUUCAAGGAUCCAGAGCACAUUUACAAUGCAGCCGUGGUGGAAGCCCUGAAGGAGAGUCCUGCCGAGGGAGAGGAAGGUGCUGGUACCCUAGUUUUGGCUCCAAGAGUUGAAAAGGAUGAGGGAAAAGAAUCUGAAACAGACUCAGAAUUUGCAGACAUGAAAGUUCCCGUGCACCAGCUCACCCAGGCCGAGUCCCUCCACGAAGGGUCAGUGACCUGGAGAACGUUUCACACAUACAUUAAGGCUUCCGGAGGGUACCUGCUCUCGCUCUUCACCGUCUCCCUCUUCCUCCUGAUGAUCGGCAGCUCCGCCUUCAGCAACUGGUGGCUGGGCCUCUGGUUAGAUAAAGGCUCACAGAUGACCUGUGGGCCCCAGGACAACAGGACUGCGUGUGAGAAGAGCACAGUCCCGGCCAACAGCGGGGACCCCGUGUACCAGUGGGUGUAUGCAGGGAGCAUGGUGUCCAUGCUGGCGUUCGGCAUCACCAAGGGUUUCACCUUCACCAAGACCACCCUGAUGGCAUCCUCAUCCCUGCAUGACCAAGUUUUUGACAAGAUCUUAAAGAGCCCAAUGAGCUUCUUUGAUACGACUCCCACUGGUAGGCUAAUGAACCGUUUUUCCAAGGAAAUGGACGAGCUGGAUGUGAGGCUGCCAUUCCACGCAGAGAACUUUCUGCAGCAGUUUUUCAUGGUGGUGUUCAUUCUCAUAAUCUUGGCUGCUGUCUUCCCAGCCAUCCUUUUAGUCCUCAGUGGCCUUGCUGUGGGCUUCCUCAUUCUUUUACGUGUCUUCCACAGAGGAGUCCAGGAGCUCAAGAAGGUGGAGAACAUCAGCCGAUCCCCCUGGUUCUCCCACAUCACCUCCUCCGUGCAGGGUCUGGGCAUCAUUCACGCCUACAACAAAAGGGAGGAUUGUGUCAACAACCACCUCCUCUACUUUAACUGUGCUCUCAGGUGGUUUGCUCUGAGAAUGGACAUCCUCAUGAACAUCGUCACCUUCAUUGUGGCCUUGUUGGUGACCCUGAGUUUCUCUUCAAUCAGUGCUUCAUCCAAAGGCUUGUCACUGUCUUACAUCAUCCAGCUAAGUGGACUGCUCCAAGUGUGUGUGAGAACAGGGACGGAGACCCAGGCCAAAUUCACCUCCGUGGAGCUGCUGAGGGAGUACAUUUCGACCUGUGUUCCGGAAAGCACGCGCCCCGUCAAAGUGGGCACCUGCCUCAAGGACUGGCCCAGCCGUGGGGAGAUAACUUUCAAAGACUAUCAGAUGAGAUACAGAGACAACACUCCCCUUGUUCUUGAUGGCCUGAACUUGAACAUCCAAAGUGGGCAGACAGUUGGGAUUGUCGGAAGAACGGGUUCCGGAAAGUCAUCGUUAGGAAUGGCCUUGUUUCGUCUGGUGGAGCCCGCCGGCGGGACCAUCUUCAUUGAUGAGGUGGAUAUCUGCACUAUCGGCUUGGAAGACCUCAGAACCAAGCUGACUGUGAUCCCUCAGGACCCUGUCCUGUUUGUAGGUACGGUAAGGUACAACUUGGAUCCAUUUGAGAGUCACACCGACGAGAUGCUCUGGCACGUUCUGGAGAGAACAUUCAUGAGAGACGCAAUAAUGAAACUCCCAGCAAAAUUACAGGCAGAAGUCACAGAAAAUGGAGAAAACUUCUCAGUAGGGGAACGCCAGCUGCUUUGUAUGGCCCGAGCACUUCUCCGUAAUUCAAAAAUCAUUCUCCUUGACGAGGCUACGGCCUCCAUGGACUCCAAGACAGACACCCUUGUCCAGAGCACCAUCAAGGACGCCUUCCGGGGCUGCACGGUGUUGACCAUUGCCCAUCGCUUAAACACGGUUCUCAACUGCAACCUAGUCCUGGUCAUGGAAAACGGGAAGGUGGUUGAGUUUGACAAACCUGAAGACCUGGCGGAGAAGCCAGACUCUGCGUUUGCCAUGUUGCUAGCAGCCGAAAACAAAAUCCGGUUGUAAAGGUCCCGACUGAGGCCACAUCGUGUGAUUUGGGAAGAGGAGUGAGAUGAGCAGGAUGGGUCUGCAAGAGGCGGGGGAGACUCUCAUUUCAGCAGACGGCCCUGAUCCUCCACCCCUCCCACCCCAUGGGGUCCAGGCUGAGCUGGGACAGAAAUCAUUUUCCCUGCCUUGCCCAGCACAGGCCAUCUCACUUCUUGGUAGUCUUGGGGUUAGUUCUGGGUGGUGAACAGAGGCAGAUGAAGCUAGUGGAUUAAAAACUGCCUCUCACCUCCUAAAACCUCUGUGUCCCCACCAACACCACCUCAGUGCCUGAGAAUGGGAACUUUGCAACUUUGGGUUGAAAACCUAACUUCAGAACAGGAAAAUACUUAAGAGUGGAGUUUGUAAAGGUUUCUUUGCAUUGUCAUCAGAAGGGGAAAGCACAGGUUUCUAUCUUGACCCUGUGACAGUAGGAAAUACACAGAUCUGUCGCAUGAAAGAUUGAUUACAAUG